CAGCUGGUGCCGACGCUGGCGUGGUAACAAAGCUGGUUCUCGCGCGCAGCUUCUGCUCUUAAGAUCUUUCGCCACGAUGGCUCUCCGUAGCAGUUUCGCUCGGCUCCUCCAGCAAGCGGGCUCCUCUCUGCGAGUCUCUCGGGAGCUCUCCCAUUCGGUGGCUAUCAUCGGGGCCCCCUUCUCCCUGGGCCAGAAAAGAAAAGGAGUGGAUCACGGUCCUGCAGCGGUCCGGAAUGCGGGGCUGGUCGGAAAGCUUUCCCGCAUGGGUUGUCAAGUAUAUGAUUUUGGAGACUUACGUUUCACCCCAGUGCCCAAUGAUGAACUGUACAAUAACCUGGUUAAGUACCCACGCUCUGUAGGAUUAGCUAACCAACUUCUGGCUGAUGCUGUGAAUGGAGCUGUGACAGCUGGGCAUAGCUGCAUAACCAUUGGAGGCGAUCAUAGUUUAGCACUUGGUUCUAUCAGUGGACAUGCAAGGCAAUACCCACAUCUCUGUGUGAUCUGGGUUGAUGCCCAUGCUGAUAUUAACACUCCACUCACAAGCCAAUCAAGAAAUCUCCAUGGGCAGCCGGUUUCAUUUCUUUUAAGAGAACUUCAGGAUAAGGUGCCAGUGCUUCCUGGAUUUUCCUGGCUGAAGCCCUGUCUUUCACAAUCAGAUAUUAUUUAUAUUGGUCUGAGAGACGUUGAUCCUGCGGAACAUUAUAUUCUGAAGAAUUAUGGCAUUCAAUAUUUUUCAAUGAGACAUAUUGAUGAUCUUGGAAUCCAGAAAGUGAUGGAAAAAACGUUUGACCAUCUUUUGGGAAGAGGGCCAAGACCAAUCCAUCUGAGCUUCGACAUUGAUGCCUUUGAUCCAUCACUGGCUGCAGCAACAGGGACGCCUGUCUUGGGUGGAUUAACAUAUCGUGAAGGCAUGUACAUUUCUGAGGAAAUACACAACACAGGCCUGCUUUCAGCUAUGGACCUUGUAGAAGUAAAUCCAUUCCUUGGAACUUCACAGGAAGAAGUGAAUGCAACAGCCAGUUUGGCAGUAGAUGUGAUUGCUACAAGCUUUGGGCAGACGAGAGAAGGAGCACACAUUGUUUUUGAGAACCUGCCAACACCUAGUUCGCCAGAUGAAUCAGAAAAUGAAGAGCAAGUCCGGCUUUAGGUCUCCCAAGUGGCAGCAGAUGCCAC